AUGACCGGACUUUCUUCCGGAGAUGUCAGAUUCAAUUCCGAAACUUCCCUCAUUCUCUCUGCGGGCGCCACCGAAGAUCCGACAAACUUCAUCACGCACGUGAAUCUCUUCGCGUCUACCUCCGUCUCCUUCAACGCGUCUGUCUUCUUCUCUUUCAAGACAGCUCGUACAGUGCUUUUAAGGCAUGAGCCUGAAUCUCUCCUUGUACAGGAGCCAUCUCCAAUGGAUAACAAGAAUUUCCUCGGGCUUCUCAGUGCAGCGAAAUCGACACGAUUCGGAGAGAUCGGUAGCGUCGGCGAGUUUCGGUGGCGGGUUUGCGGCAAUCUGGUGAAAAGGUGCAUUGCUAACUGCUAA